AUGACCAACUCCGAGGUCCACCGUCUGCGCGACUCUGCAGUUAUCGCCAUCAUCGACAUUUUCGGAUUGACAUACUUUUCUCUCUUUAUUCUCCAAUUCCUUCUCUUUCAUUUCCCUUCAUCGCCAGAUGCGAUCAUCAAUUCACUCUCCGUCAUCUCAUUCAGCGGUGGCUGGAUAAUAUGGUACUUGUCAAGUUUGCUUUACCGAACAAUAUUUGCAUUCCAGGGAGAGGAUGCAGCCAACUUGCAAAAGUUUGAGUUCGGGGGAGCUUUGAUACUUAUCUGGGCGUCAACUAUCCCAGCGGUGGUCUUGCUAUUCCCUACUCAGCCUUCCAUCCAACUUGGUUAUUUGUUUGCAUUCACCAUGGUCGCCGUUGGGAACUUGGUAGACUUCUUGGCUUGUGAUCCCGCCAUCACUACGGCACGAAUGAGAUUCCCUUACCAUUGUGUCUCUCUGGGACUGCUUUCGCUUGUUCCAACCAUUCACGCUCUCACCGAGGCACUACCAAGCCCCCCGGUGCUGGCAGUCCAGAUUGGCCAAUUCGUGAUAUGUAAUACUCUCGGUGCUGCAUUCUACAUGGUUCAACCGCUGGAGACUAUAGGUGUAUUUGGGAGCUGGCGGUCUAGCCUCUAUGUAUUGCACUUGGUCUUGGCAUAUACGGCUGUUCGCUAUUCUCGAGCUGUGUUAAAAACGGUACUAGAGUCCUCCCUCUGA